CUGCUCGUUCAGAUGUAUAUCUUUGUGAGGAGCCCCACCGGUAGGACAAUCCGCCUCAGGGUCCAACCAUCAGAUACCUUGCAUACUGUUAAGGCAAAGAUUCUGGAACAACAUCACCUGGUCUUUGAUGGGGUGCAGCUACAGGACAACCUUACAUUGGCUGAUUAUGACAUCCAGCAUCAAGCCACGCUUGAUCUCCAAGAAAAGAUGCAAAUCUAUGUAAUGGAGACACUAGCUGGCAAGACCAUUACUCUUGAGGUCGACAGCUUAGAUACUAUUGACACCGUCAAGAGCAGGAUUGAAUUCAUGGAGGGAUUCCCCAAGAGUCAGCAGUGUCUCAUCUUUGAGAACAAACAGCUGGAUGACAGCCGCACCUUGGCGGACCACAACAUUUGCAAGGAGUCCACUGUUCUCCUUGUCCUGCAUCCAGUUCCAAUAGGUACGAUGCGGAUCUUCGCGAAGACAUUGUACGGAAAGACCUUCCCUCUUGACGUUGACAGCUCAGAUACUAUCGAAGCUGUCAAGGUGAAGAUCUAUGAGAAGGACGGCAAUCGUCCUAAACAGAUGCGCAUCAUCUUUGCUGGCAAACAACUGGAGGACGACCGCACCCUGGCAGACUAUAACAUUACGAACGAGUGCACCAUCCAUGUGGUACUCUGCCUUUGUGGUUGUUGA